AUGGGCUUGAGUGAAUUAGAAAGAGCAAAUGUGAGACAUGGUGAUUCCCAUACUAGUACUGCAGCAAGAUGGAACCCUGGCAAUGCCGGUCUAGAGACCCAAUAUUUUGUGCAACCAAGCAUGACUAGGCACCUCCUGAACAUACAAGUUGAGAUUGUGGAACCAGCAAAAUGUGGCUUGAUGGUCAGUCCUCCAGGUAUUGCUGAUCAGUUGGAACUUUGCUUUGUGUUUGUUUUUCUUCAAACCCCCAAUCCGCUCUCGCUUGCUGCUAUGGGUUGGGCGGGUUGA